AUGCACNGGGACUAUGACUAUGACACUAAAGUGGUGGACCUGGACCCGUGCCUGACCAAGAAGCCUGUGGAGGACAGCGCCUGUCACCCCUACAACACCAGAGGCAGCAUGUCUGAGGUCCACUCCCUCAGCUCCUUCCAGUCAGAGUCCUGCGAUGAUAACGAGUCUUUUUUGGCUCAUGAUCUCAAGAACCCAAGAGGAUAUCACUGGGACACAUCUGAUUGGAUGCCAAGUGUUCAACUUCCUGGAAUCCAGGAGUUUCCACAGUAUGAGGUUGUGGAGUCACCCGCCCCUCUGUACAGUGACCCGAGUGCCAUCGACACCGACUAUUAUCCAGGCGGCUUUGACAUUGAGAGCGAUUUCCCUCCGCCGCCAGAGGACUUCCCUGCCAACGACGACCUACCGCCGCCACCUUUGCCAGAGUACAGCGACCGCUGUGACACACUGCGGCCCCUCGGCAGAGACUUGGACCCGUCUGUGGGCGGUUCGGGCGGCUCAGGUGGGGUCCGCCAGCGCCCAGCCCUGCCCCAGCUCUACAGCCUUAACCAGUAUCUGCCACAGCACUCCUACCCAAGCGAUGGGGGUGACACCGAGGGCCAGGGCACCUCCUCCGCCACCAUUACCCCGGCCUCCACCAUGGGCACCGGCGGUUACAGAGGGGGCUACCCUCUAGGCUGUAGUCGGGACUUUGACUCCUCAGCUCUGGACAACAUGUCCAUGUCUCUGUACACGUCCACGGCCUCUUGCUCGGACAUGUCGGCGUGCUGCGAGGAGUCCGAGGUGAUGAUAAGCGACUACGAGAGCGGAGACGAGGGCCACUUCGAGCGGCUGGCCAUCCCGGCGCUGGACUCCCAACAGCACACUGAAGUCUGACACUGGAUCCAAACAAAAGUGCCUGAACCCACAGCUACACCUUAUGUUAGCCCUUGACACACCACUCACGGUAAACACGCACAGUAUGUGGACACAUAAACCAACACCACACACAUACAUGCACACUGACACAAACGAUGAAUCUGAGUAAAAACAGGGGUUGUUGAGACUGGUUGAGGGCCAUUCGGCUGAGAAGAUCUGAAGAAACUACAGGAGCGACUGUAGCCUCUUUGCAUCUGCUCGGUCCAACUCCUGCCCCUUUGAGUUGGCGGUGCCAUUGCUUUAAGUAACUGUCAUCAUACACAGGAGGUGGAUCGUCUGAAGGAUCAACAUUUCAAUGUACAACAGGAAAAGCAUCAUGAAAAAAAACAAAAAAGAAUAUUUCAUGAAAAUAUCUUUGUUUCUAUAAACAAACCAAGCAAAAUGUUUUUAUACAAGUCCUCAUUUUCAAUGUAAAUUUAAAUGUACAGUUUUGAUUUCAAAGUUUACUAGGUUUUGUAGAUAUUCUAUGCUUUUAUUUUCAACAACAAAAAAAAAAGAGUUAAAUGGUGUGACAUUAUCAGCCUUACUGUGCUUACAUUCACUAAAAAAAAAUAAACAUUAAAAAAAGAGAUAAGAGAAGAGCGUGGCUUUUCUGAACACAGUGUACUCGUAAAAGUUUAUUGUCUCUUGCUCAUUUCAAAAAGGGUCUUCAAUGAACGACUGCAUAUUCUUGUGUUGUUUGUUUUUUUUUUUCUUUUUGUUUUUUUUAAUUUGUUUGUUUGUACAUUUUGACUUUGGAACCUCUUUAUUUUUCCACCAAGAAAAUGGGACCCAAUAUAUUUAUAGUGCAGAGUUAUCCAUGGACACGUGACUUUUUCAGGUGUCUAUGUGCGUCUGAGCAAUGCUAUGGUCUUGUUAAGGUUUUUAUUGAAUACUGCCACAAGCUCACGCUUUCCUACUGGCAAUAAAUUAUUCCUAAAAAAUA